UUUCAGACAGCGGCAGUGCGCGUGCGCAAUCGUGGACGUGGCAGUGACGUCACGCACACCGGAAGCGGUAAGGACUGGAAGUGAAACCCCGACCUCCGUAACAUCGACAAGCCGGGAAUACUGGAAAAAAACGACGAAAUGACACAGUAACCAUGAUGUGUGGAGUCGCUGAAGAACAGUCAGCUCUUCCAAGCUCUUAGUAACACCUGAAGUCUGAAGUGUUUGCUUUGCCCUCAAAGACGCCAGCAGAGAGUUUCACAGCGGUUUGAGUUUCUUCAGACUCACUGUCACACAAACACACAUCCUGAUAUCGUUUAGGAAAGGAGGAUCUCCAGCAUUAUCAUGACUUGUCGGGACCGCACACUAGAGUUCCAGUCGGCUUGUAAGUCUCUGCAGGGAAGACAGUUACAGAAUGGGACUCACACUAAACCUGCCGUUAAUGCCCUUAAACAGCGCAGUGACUUCACUCUUAUGGCCAAGAGAAUUGGGAAAGACUUGAGCAACACAUUUGCCAAGCUUGAAAAGCUUACAAUUUUGGCCAAAAGGAAGUCUUUGUUCGACGAUAAAGCAGUGGAGAUUGAGGAACUAACAUACAUCAUUAAACAGGACAUCAACAGUCUGAACAAGCAGAUAGCACAGCUGCAAGACCUCGUACGAUCCCGCACUGGGCAAAAUGGCCGCCACAUCCAGACACAUUCCAACACAAUUGUUGUCUCCCUACAGUCCAAGCUGGCAUCAAUGUCAAACGAUUUUAAGUCAGUCCUGGAAGUGAGAACAGAGAAUCUGAAGCAGCAGAGAAGCAGAAGAGAGCAUUUCUCCCAGGCCCCUGUUUCUGCCUCUCCUCUGCUCGCCAAUAACUUCAACAGCUCAGUUCUGAUGCAGGAUGAGUCCAGGAGUCUGGGAGGAGAAGUGGCCAUCGACAUGGACUCUAGAGCAAACCCUCUGCAGCUGCAGCUCAUCGACGAACAGGACUCAUAUAUUCAGAGCCGAGCAGAUACCAUGCAGAACAUCGAGAGCACCAUUGUGGAGUUGGGCUCCAUCUUUCAGCAGCUGGCACACAUGGUCAAAGAGCAGGAAGAGACGAUUCAGAGGAUCGAUGCCAAUGUGGAGGACACCCAGCUUAAUGUGGAAAUGGCCCACACUGAGAUACUGAAGUACUUCCAGUCUGUCUCCUCCAAUCGCUGGCUCAUGAUCAAGAUAUUUCUCGUUCUCAUCAUCUUCUUCAUCAUCUUUGUGGUGUUCCUCGCCUGAGAAGACCCUGAGUGUAUGGAGGGAUGGAAACGGAGCCAAAGGGUUUGAAGGAGGGAGGAACAGGCUAUGGACUUACGGGCGAAUGUGCAAAAACACAAGUGGACUGUGCCGCAGGGGACUCUGGCUCCCGGGGAGGG